AUGUCGUCAUCGCCUGACAAACAGUCACUGACAUCCGAAGAUACUUCUAUGGGAAAUACCAACGUUGCUGCCGCUACUAGCAACGAAAAUACCCCAGCCGAGGAUGGAACCUGGGUCGUGCACGUGCGAAGAAUGAACGGUUCCACACUCACCUAUAACGUGAACCCACACACUGAGACCGUGGCGGAUCUCAUGGAUCGGAUACAUCGGGAGGCAGAGAUCGAUCCCAUGCUGCAACGCCUCAUUUUUAGAGGCCAAGUCAUCUCCCACGAGCCUCACAAACACUUGGAUGAGUUCCUCACAGAGAGCGGCCAGACGAUACACAUGGUGGUAAGGCCUGUAUCAACUCUGAGAAAUGCUACUGCUAAUUCAUCUACCACACCAACGACAGCACCUGAAUCUGCCACUGGAGGAGGAGGAGGUAACAAUGAUGUCCCUCCGCAAAUAGGGAACAUAUUCAGCGCCAUGCUGCCUCCGGGCCUCCUUUCUGGUAGUGGUCAGUUUGUGAUCCCUGGGGGAGUAGGUGGCAAUGAUGGUGCGCCCGGUUCCACCCAGGUUUUCAUGCACUCUUUCCACUUGGACCCAGCGACUGGGCAGAUCGUUGGUGACGAUCAACAACAGCAAGGCGGAGCGAUACCACUUCCCUUUGGGGGCAUCUUCGGCAGAUCCCCCAUGCCCUCUGGGGCUACUAAUACCAAUCCACAGCCACCCUCGGGCGACUCAUCUGCGUCGGCUCCGAGGAGGUCGACUCCAACUCCAACGACCCCUGGUCCUUCCGACCAACAGGCCUCAAACACUAGUACCGCUGAAGCGCCGGAGCCUACAACAACUACCAGUGGUGGGGGCAAUGGAGUACAACAGAUGAUAAGUGGCCUCUCCCAGCUCUUUGGGAAUCUGGCAUCUGCUGGUCAACAGCCUGCUGCUGCUGGAGGAGGAGGCUCCGUCACAGCUACCUUCUCCACCCCUGCGGAUGGGAGACCAUCUACUCCCCCUUCUCGCCCACGUUCGCAGUCAGCACGGCUACCGAGAGGAGGCGAGAGCAGCGCAAGUAGGAGCCAGGAUGGACGUACGAGAGGCAGAGUAUUCACAAGGCGUAGGUUUCUGCGUACACGUUCUAGUGAGGACCUCAAGGUGGUGCUGGUAGGUGCUACGCGUUCAUCUGCAACGACACAACAGCGGUCGACAGGCAGCGGCGAGGCUGUGAUGACAGAUUCUAAUCGUAUUCCUGUUAACGCCCAACAGGCUCCGGUCAGCCGAGCUCAUGGUGCGCGGGAAGAAGACUUGCAACGGAGGGCUGAGCAGACCCCUGGCCUGCCGUGGAGAACUCUCAUCGAUUCGGACGCUCGUGUGGAUCACCUCAUGAGUCAUUUAGCGCAACUGCCGGGCCCUCGGCAUUAUCGUGGCAGUGACGACUUGCCUACUUUUUUGCGGAACUACCAGAGGUUGUUGCUCUCGGCAGCCCAGAUGGUUGGUGAUGUCAGUCUGAUGCUGCAAAGUGAUGCCUCGAGAGGCUCGGACGUGCCCCCGAAUCCGCAGAGGCAGGAUGAUUUGGCUUAUUUGGCACGAAUGCUGGCGGAACUCACCGACACCAGCGAGAUGAUGGUCUCGGUUGUGAACAGGACGUGGUGUGACAUGUUCGACCCAGAGGGCCAAGGCCAGGUACGGACUAGAGAGCAAGAGGAUGCCCCUCAGACGGAGGGCCGGACUAGUGAGGCUACUGAGCCAUCAGCACCUUCGUUGACGCCUUAUAGACCCACGGGAGCUGCUGAGGUGGACUCGACUUCUGAGCAGGGUCGGCCUAGUGAACGGCAUGAAGAAGAUCGACAGCGUGGCGUAGAGCAUGUGGAGGAAGCUCAUCGGUCAGCACGACUAACGGAUGAGAGUGUUGGUCAAGAAGGGGCGUCAGAGGGGUCCACUGAACAAGCGCGUAAGAGACAGCGACGGAAUCAAUAGUAACC